AAAAUAUUUCUUUCCCUCUUGCAAUGCAAGAUCUCUGCCCGUAUCUCCUCCUCGCUCGGAAACGGAAAUGGCGGCGGCGGCGGCUCUGUGCACUGCUCCCAUUUCCUUCUCGCCUAGCAUAACCGGAGAAUCCCAGGCUGUGAAGCACUUCCUCUUCUUCUCCCCUUCUUCUUCUCUGCGAAAUUCCAUUGUUUCUCUCCAUGCGAAGAGCAGAAAGUUGCCUCCUUUAUCGCUUGCACAGCGCCGUUGCUCUGUUUCGGCUUGCGGGUCGUCUUCUUCGACGGGGCCUGCUCCUCCUCCUCCUUCCCGCUCCGGCAAGAAGCUCUAUGUCAGUGAUUAUUUGCUCUCUGCAAAUCGAAUUUCAGAAGCUUUUACUGGAUGUACGAUUUUGGAGCUCAUGAUGUCUUGCCUUCACAAUGCAGGACUUUCGUUUCGAACCACUGAAGAGAGCUUGCGAAAGGCUUUCGAAAACUUCGGCCAGCUUGUGGAAGUAAAUCUGGUGAUGGAUAAGAUCGCAAAUAGGCCGAGAGGAUUUGCUUUCCUCCGUUAUGCUACUGAGGAGGAAUCUCAGAGGGCCAUCGAGGGAAUGCACGGCAAGUUUUUAGAUGGGCGGGUGAUAUUUGUGGAGGUUGCAAAACCCAGAUCAGAAAUGCGCCAAAGUCCUAGACAGAACCCGAGAUAACAUCGAAGAUCUCACGGAUCAGAUCAUCUCCAAAUUCCCGGAUAAACCGAGGAUCUUGAAGACAUUGAACUACCAGAGGAGAUCAAGCCAGAAGACGAGGUGGAAGAGCUCAAGAUCGCUCAAUAGGAUGUAGCAUCAGAUGUUUUUGGAAGUUUGACACAGAAAAGAGAUUCGGACGGUUGUUCUGCUGCUGAAGGGAAGGAUGAUGAAAGUGGCAACGCGUGCAAGGGAGAUUCAAAAACCCACAACCUUGCAGACUAAUUCGCAAAGCGUAUGCAAGUCCUAUCCAUUUGGACAAAUCCGUGGGUUUACCCAAGAAAUUGCCGAUGUUUUACGCGUUGCAGUAGGACCAUGCUCGUCUAGGAUCAACGUUUUACACGUCCUAUCCAUAUGUUGACAUCAACAUGAACAAUCUUUUCUUUUUCCGUCUACUAAUGAUCUUUUCACUUUGAAACAAA